AGGCUAUGGCAUAGCAUUGAAUGCAAUGCAGAGUAUUGUUGACAACACACUCACUGUCUGUAUGUGUUGUUUGUGUCUCGCAUUCAUUCAUCACUCAAUCACUCAAUCGUUGGUUUUGUGGAGAUUUUAAUGCAUUUCUCAUUCAAUUGACCAAAAAGUCAAACAUUUAUUGAAUUGUGAUUACAAUUAAGAUCUCAAACCCUUUUCACCACAAUUUAAACGACACUUUCGCUCACUUUUUGCUCAUUUAAUGGUUUGUUGUUUUUGUGGCGAAAAAUCAUUUGACAAAUGAUUUCAUUGAUAUUUUUUGGACCAAAAAUAUUGUGAAAUCAAUUGAUUUGAUUUGUUUUUACUGUGAUUUGUGUCUUGAGUUUUGUGGUGACAAUCAAUGGGUCUUUGCUUAUGUAAGGAGAAGAGUAAGCGUCACAACGAAUCCAACGGUUCGGCCAAUAGUUGUCGAAAUGGUAGCGAAUCGCGAAGUAAUGGCUCCCGAAGUCGAGGUUCGGUCGGAGGACACAACGGAUCCAACGCUACAAACAGCGAUCUGACGGAGGAUUGUCUGGUCAUCAACGCGUCGAUAGGGUUGAGGGACGCACUGAUGGAUCACCACAACAAUCAUCACCACAACACCGGUGCCACACAUGUGGCCAAAAUGUCACCCGUUGUCGACAAACUGAUCCUCGAAACGCUUUCGCUCAUCAGAACUCUUGUCGAUAAUGAUUCAGACCCGCCGUCAUCUAUGCUUAAGUUGCAUAUCAUUGCCGACAAAGAGAAGGGAUGGCUCGCAGUCGUCAACUCAAUGAUUAAUGUCAUACCAAUCGACGAUCCUUUAGGUCCGGCUGUUAUUCUCCUACUUCUGGACGACUGUCCGCUUCCAACCAAAGAAUCGAUAACAAAAUUGUCGGAAAUGUUAGACUUAUGUCAUACUAAACACAUUUCGCGGCACCAAAUGGCGAAACACAGGAAUGCAUGCGUUGUGAUCGGAUGUCUGGCCGAGAAGUUGGCCGGACCUAACAGUAUGGCACUCUUGACGCCCGGAAUCCUCAACUAUUUGAUCGCUAACUUAAGCCACAAGAAUGACUAUUCAAUUGUUUUGUUCACAUUAAUAGCACUCGAAAAGUUUGCUCAAACGAGUGAGAAUAAGCUAACGAUUACCAAGAAGUUGGACGAAACGAAUAAAAAGGCGUUACUGGUGUUGGAAGCGCUGAUCGACGACAAGGACUACGUUCGGAAACAGGUGGGCUUUUGUGCGCAAUGGUCUCUCGACAAUCUGUUCCUCAAAGAGGGCCGAACUCUCACACACGAGAAGACCGAUCGACAGGAGUUGAACGCUGUGUUGAACGCCAACGACGUGAGCGAGUAUCUCAAGAUAUCGGCCAACGGACUGAUGGCGCGAUGCGACGCGUCAUCGUUCGAGAGCGUCCGCUGUACAUAUCAAGUGACUGAAGGCGUCUUCUACUACGAGGCGAUACUCAUCACAUCGGGAGUCAUGCAAAUCGGUUGGGCGACCAAAGAUAGCAAAUUUCUUAACCACGAGGGCUAUGGCAUCGGCGAUGACGAGUAC